UCUGCACCUCUGAUCUAUCAGCUUCAUCUGUGUAGCCCAAAAAUCUGGUCCAUACAACCACCACAGAGAGAGCAGAGCAGAAAGCCCUUGGAUUUACUGUACUUCGUUCGAAGCAUUUCAGCAAAAAUAGGAAUCUGUGCGUCCGGACCUGCUCCUUCACGGGGAGCCUCGUCGGUGGUGCAGAGGCUCUCGCAAAACCAAGAUCAACAACAACAAUCUCAAGCCGCGCCGGUUUUGGAUUCCCAGAAUUCGAAGAAGAUGAAAAGCCUCUUCAAACCCAAGCCCCGUACACCCAUCGAUGUCGUCCGCCAGACCCGCGAUCUGCUUAUCUAUACAGACCGGAACCCCGAGACUAAGGAGAGCAAGCGGGAGGAGAAGCAGAUGUUAGAAUUAAGUAAAAACGUCAGGGAGUUGAAAUCAAUACUUUAUGGAAACAGUGAAUCUGAACCAGUUGCAGAAGCAUGUACACAGCUAACCCAGGAGUUUUUCAGAGAGGAUACACUUCGGCUUCUAAUUAAGUGUCUUCCUAAAUUGAACUUGGAGACACGAAAAGAUGCUACUCAAGUAGUUGCAAAUUUACAGAGGCAACAGGUUCAGUCCAGAUUGAUUGCAUCUGAUUAUUUGGAAGCAAACAUUGAUCUGAUGGAUAUCUUGAUAGCAGGUUAUGAAAACACAGACAUGGCUUUACACUAUGGUGCCAUGCUGCGGGAAUGCAUACGUCACCAAAGUGUUGCUAAGUAUGUUUUGGAAUCGCAGCACAUGAUAAAGUUUUUUGAUUAUAUUCAACUUCCAAAUUUUGACAUUGCUGCAGAUGCUGCUGCAACUUUCAAGGAAUUGUUGACUAGGCAUAAGUCUACGGUAGCUGAAUUUCUUUCCAAGAAUUAUGACUGGUUUUUCGCAGAGUACAACUCAAAGUUACUCGAGUCAACUAAUUACAUUACUAGAAGGCAAGCUGUAAAGCUGUUGGGGGAUAUACUACUGGAUAGGUCAAAUUCAGCUGUGAUGACACGUUAUGUGAGCUCUAGGGACAAUUUGAGAAUCCUUAUGAAUCUUCUUAGGGAGUCGAGCAAGACCAUACAGUUAGAAGCAUUUCAUGUUUUUAAGCUUUUCGUCGCGAAUCAAAACAAACCUGCCGACAUCGUUAGCAUACUCGUCGCGAACCGAAGCAAGCUUCUAAGGCUGUUUGCUGAUUUCAAAACCGAUAAAGAGGACGAACAGUUUGAGGCUGACAAAGCUCAUGUUGUUAGAGAAAUUGCUGCCCUUGAACCCAAAGGCCCAUGAGAGAAGGAGGGGUUGCCUUAUAUGAAUAUCUUGUCGUUUUUUCCCUUUUUUAGAAAUCCAAUUUGGUUGUCAAUUAUAUAAGCUCAACCAGCUCUCCAGAUGAUGACUUUGAUUAAAUGUUUUUACUACAUUAAUAAUGGGCUUUAUAUAUAUAUAUUUUUUUUUGGCCUUCUUUUUUGCU